AUUUAGAAAGUUUUCUGUCAUGACGUCGGUUCAGAUUUACCAUAAUUUCAUUUGGUCGUAAGAGGGCGUUUGUAGUUCGCCAGCCUAAAAGUCACGAAAUUUGAAAUGUUUUGUGGACAGUGAUUCCAUCAGUAAUCCCCGACAAUCGAGACAAGCCCAAUGUUAUGAACUGCAUUUUAUGCACGUAUCUCAACUUGGAUGUCGUCGUCCUUUCUUUAAGCCUACUGUUGGGGUCACUUCAGCAGAAUUUAACGUCACACAAAGUUCAUAACAGCUUUAGCAUUCGUCACCAUGAGUCAAGUAGGUGUUGAUGAUGUCAAUCCAGAGGAUUCUGCAAGUCAGGUUGGGAAGAGUUCCACCACGUCAUCUGGACUUAGGACCAGGGCCAAGAGGGCUGCAAUAGCAGCAGAAUUAGCAGUUCUUCAGGAAGAACAAGAGAUAGAACUCGAAGAAAUACGCCUUAAGCAAAGGAAGGCUAAGUUACUCUUACGUGCCAAGCUCAGCGCAGCAGAGGCAGAAGAAGACUUGUAUGAGCAACACAGGAGUGGCAGUAAGGUGUCGAGUAUAGGGAAUAGGAGUUCCAGUCAGCAGAAUGUCAAGCAGGUGCAUGAAAGUGCAGAGCAUGCUACGGAACAUCAUCAUCAUGUCAGCAAUCAUGAUGUCAAGGAACCUGCGCUCCUACAAGAGACUAUUCCUUUUCCAGCUCAGCAAAUGGCUUCAUCUCCCAUUUCAGGUCAAGCUUAUCAACCACGAGACGACCGAGAAUUUUAUCUGCAGACCCAAGUUCAGCAACAACGAUGGUUGGAAGCUAUCAGUCUGGCUAAUGUAGAGAUGAUGAAGUUUGAUGGGAGUCCUUUGCACUUCCAUGAAUUUAUGAUGUCGUUCGACAACUUAAUUGGUCGAUCUUCACUCGAUAGUGGGACAAAACUUAUGAAGUUAUAUCAUUGCUGUGAAGGAGAAGUUAAGGGCAUCAUACAGUGCUGUAUGGUCAUGGAACCACUGUAUGGGUACCAACGAGCCAGAGAGCUGUUGGUGGAACGCUUUGGCAGCAAGUACAAGAUAGGAGAAGCCUGGAUCAAACGUAUAACCACUGGUCCAAUCUGCCAUGGGAAUGACCGGAAGGGGCUGCAGAAGUUUGCAGAUGAGUUGAAGAUCAGCAUGGAAACUCUUCGAGCAAUGGAUCUACUGCAGGAAAUUAGUAGUCAGAGAGAGUUGCUGAAGGUGGCUGAGAGACUUCCAUAUUACCUUAAAGGUAGAUGGUUAAAGUUGGUGAGAGACAUCAGACAGCAGGAGCGUUCUCCCGAUAUCUCUGACAUGGCAAGGUUUGUCUCCAACGCUGCUGAGGAAGCCAAUGAUCCUGUCUUUGGAGAUCUGACAGCAACAACAAAAAGAGUUGAAACUUCAAACCCAGCUUUCAACAAGAAGAGUACAAGAAGUAACUACAUGUACGCUACAGAGGUAACAGAAGUAGCAGUCAACCUGAAGUGCCUGAAGUGUAGGCAAGAACAUUCCUUGUUUGGGUGCGACAGUUUUAAAUCCAUGGCACCCGAGAUGAGAUUUCAGUUUGCUCAGGACAACAGACUAUGUUUCAACUGCCUGCAAUCUGGCCACACCAGUAGGUUUUGCAGAUUGAAUAGAAGAUGCUCAGUACAAGGAUGCCAGAGAAAACACACAAAAUUUCUCCAUUUUGCACAGGAUGCAUCUUCAUCUGCAGGAAGGAUGACAACGACACAGGCUCCAGUUGAAACCCAGAACAACGAAGUCCAUCAAGUCCAGAAUGGGUUCGUUAAGAAGUGUGUCACAGGGGCCGGAAGGUGUGUGCUUCCCAUUGUUCCAGUGAGGGUUAGAGCUCAAGGAGAGAAUGUAUUUGUGAAUACAUAUGCACUGUUGGAUUCUGGUUCAACCAGUACAUUUUGUACAGCCACUUUGGCCAGAGAACUCAAUGCUACUGGAAGGAAGCAAAGUUUAAGCCUGACAACACUGGAGAAGCGUAAUAGCCCCAUAGAGACCUCAGUGAUUAGUCUGAUUGCAGACACGGGACCAGAUACAGACUGUGUGAAGCUACCCUGUGUGUAUACCAGAGACGCCAUUAAUAUCAGAGACACACACAUUGCCAAUGUGGAUGACAUUUCAGGAUAUCAUCACUUAGAAGGAAUCAACCUCCCGAUCAUUGAACGACAUGAAGUUGGACUGUUGAUAGGGCAGGAUUCACCUGAAGCCUUGAUACCUAUCGAGGUGAGACGAGGACAGCAUGGCCCUUAUGCUGUUAGGACCAAAUUGGGUUGGUCAGUGAGUGGACCUGUAGGUUCCAGUUCAGAUGGUGUACCCAAAGCUACAUCUAGCUUCAUUGACAGUAAUGAUAGACUGGAGGAACAAGUCAGCCAAUUCUGGAAGAUCGAAGCUACAGAUGUGCUUAAGAAAGACAAGGCAAUGUCAGUCAAUGACAAGAAGGUAAUGGAAAUAUGGGAGAGGGACAUCCAGCGGGAAGGUGCACAUUUCCAACUACCGGUGCCCUUCAGAAGGAGACCACCUAACUUGCCUGAUAACAAGUGGAGUGCAGAACAGCGUUUGAAAUCGUUGGCAAGGAGAUUGCAAAGAGAUCAAGCAAUGUAUGUGAAAUACAAACAGGGCAUAGAGGAUCUCCUCAGGAAAGGCUAUGCAGAGGAAGUUAGUGAGGAGACUAGGCAACCCAAGGACACCCCUGUUUGGUAUUUGCCCCACCAUCCAGUCUUGAAUCCCCAAAAACCAGACAAGAUGCGAAUCGUGUUCGAUUGUGCGGCCAAGCACCAAGGGGUAUCUUUGAAUGAUGCAGUGUUACAGGGGCCGGACCUUAUCAACAAUUUGAUGGGAGUUUUGCUUAGAUUCCGCCAGCAACCAGUAGCACUCAUGUCAGAUAUAGAGGCAAUGUUCCACCAAGUGAGGGUACCUCCAGAAGAUCGAGACGUGUUGAGAUUCUUGUGGUGGAAGGACGGAGACUUCAACAAGGAACCGCUGGUCUACCGGAUGUGCGUCCACCUCUUCGGAGGUACGUGGAGCCCAAGUGUGUGCAGCCAUGCACUUCGUCAGACAGCAAGAAACGGUGAUGGUAAUGGUAAAGUGGAAGCAUCUAAGGCCAUUCUCGAAAACUUCUAUGUGGACGACUGCCUGGUGUCAGUUGAGAAUGAAGAAACAGCGGUGAAACUUGCUGCGGACUUGAUGGUCUUGCUCAGUGAAGGAGGCUUCAGAUUAACCAAAUGGGUCAGUAACAACCCAUUUGUCCUGCAAUCCAUACCAGAAGAAGAGAGAGCUAAAGAUGUGAGGGGUCUGGAUCUCAAUCAUGAUGCUCUUCCAGUCGAGAGAGCACUUGGAAUCAGCUGGGAUGUAGAAACUGAUUGUUUGCUGUACAAAUUUAGACCCAAGGACAAACCCCAAACCAGGAGGGGUAUCUUGAGUGUUGUAUCUUCCAUCUACGACCCUCUCGGUUACGCCAGUCCUUUCAUCCUAAAGGCUAAGAUGAUCUUGCAGGAACUAACCAGACUUAAACUUGCAUGGGAUGAGGAGAUUCCAAGCAAGGAAAUAGAGAGAUGGAAUGAAUGGGUACAGGAACUACCCAAGAUGACUGAAUUCCAGGUCAACAGAUGCAUCAAACCACACGACUUUGGCAAGGUAGCAGAGUAUAAGCUACAUCACUUUGCAGAUGCUUCAGAGAAAGCCUAUGGAGUCGUUUCCUACCUGCGGAUGAAGGAUGUUGAGGGUCAGGUGCACUGCAGCAUACUAUUUGCAAGGUCACGUCUUGCACCCCUGAAGAGGAUGACAAUCCCACGGCUUGAACUGAUGGCGGCUACACUCUCUGUCACUAUAGACAGUAUGAUACAACGGGAACUGGAUCUGCCGCUCCAAGAGUCAGUGUUUUGGACUGACAGUUCAAUAGUACUUCAUUAUGUGAAGAAUGAGGAUAAACGUUUCCAUACGUUUGUAGCAAACAGAAUUACAACCAUUCAUGAGGGAUCUGAACCAAGGCAGUGGCGACAUGUUAACACUGAUGUCAAUCCAGCCGAUGAUGCCUCGCGUGGACUGACAGCUGAGGAAUUGACUGGACGAUGGAAAGAAGGGCCAAAAUUUUUGUGGUCAGAAGAAUGCGAUUGGCCUAAAAGCUUGAGAGUGAAUGAGUCUAGCUUAGAGCAUGACCCAGAGGUAAAGCAAGACAAGACUGGAGUGUUUGCUGCAGCCGAAUCUGAAGUCAAGGCGACAGAUAGACUCCUUGAAAGUUACUCGUCCUGGUUCCGGCUGAAGAAAGGUAUUGCAUGGAUCCUGAAGGUCAAGGAGUGCUUGAGAAGAAAGGCACGCAAAGAUAUGAAUUUACUGGAUAUGAAGCAGCCAGUAACAGUUGAUGAGAUGACUGUAGCUGAAGAAGCAAUUGUCAGAUACGUUCAGCAACAGACCUAUGCUGAGGAGUACAGAGUCUUACAGCAAAAUAAGACUACACAACGGUCACCCACUCGAAUAGCAAAAUCCAGCCCACUAUCUAAAUUGAGCGUGAAACUCACAGACGAAGGAUUGAUAUGUGUUGGAGGAAGACUACACAAUGCACCACUAGAAGAGCAGACAAAACACCCAGUGAUUUUGCCUUCCAAGCAUCAUGUAGUACAGCUUUUGGUGAGACAUUACCACAUUAUGUGUGGUCACUCAGGGAAGGAGUAUGUGCUAUCCCUACUCAGACAACGAUUUUGGAUAAUCAGAGGGAGGUUAGCAGUUCGUCAUGUACUACACAAGUGUUUCACAUGUAAACGUCAACGUGCAAAACCAGUGGAACAGAAGAUGGCAGAUUUGCCGGCAGAUAGAGUGGUACCAGAAAAACCUCCAUUCAGUAACGUGGGAGUUGACUGCUUUGGCCCAUACAUGGUGAGACAAGGAAGGAGCUCUGUGAAGAGAUAUGGAUGUAUAUUCACUUGUCUGGUUAUAAGAGCAAUACACAUAGAGGUACUGCAUUCAUUGGAGACGGAUUCAUUUCUGAAUGCCCUUCAGAGAUUCAUUUCACGCAGAGGACAACCAGAGAUUAUCAGAUCCGACAAUGGUACAAAUUUCAUAGGUGCUGAACGUGAACUGAGGGAGGGAUUGAAACGAUGGAACCAGGAGAAGAUCCACGAUAAUCUCCUUCAACAAGGAAUUGAUUGGAAAUUCAAUCCACCGAGAGCAUCCCAUAUGGGUGGAUCAUGGGAAAGACAAAUCAGAACUACGAGAAAGGUCUUGAAUGCAGUCAUGAAGCAGCAGGUUCUGAAUGAUGAGGGCUUAACGACUCUUAUGUGUCUAGUAGAGGCAAUUAUCAAUGGGCGUCCACUCACCAUAACAUCUGAUGACGCAAGGGAUGCAGAGCCUCUCACACCAAAUCAUCUGCUGCUCCUGAGGUCAAAAAAUGCUCUACCACCUGAUGUGUUCCAGAAACAUGAUCUGUAUGGACGUCGACGCUGGCGGCAGAUUCAAUACCUGGCAGACUUAUUUUGGCGCAGGUGGGUGAAGGAAUACCUACCUUCCUUACAACAGCGGCAGAAGUGGCUGAAAGAGACGAGAAAUCUGGAGGAAGGUGACAUCGUGCUGAUUAUCGACAAUCUGCCGAGGAACAAGUGGUUGACGGGAAGAGUAAUCGAAACCUAUCCUGGGAAGGACAAGCUCGUCCGAUCGGUCAAGCUGAAACAUAGCACCGGUAUCCUAGUCAGGCCUGUGCAGAAACUAUGUCUUUUGGAAGAAGCAGAUAGCGUAUUGGUGAACCACAGCGACUAAUUGGAGCAUUCAUUUCUUAUGUGAGAUAAUUAUAUUGAUGCACGGUGAAUUAAACGUGCGAGGUGAGAGCCUAGCGCCGCCUCUUGUGAAUUUUUGUGUCGCAAUUUUCCUGAUCCGUGACGAGCGUAAGAUCCUGAUCAUCAUGUUUCAGUUUUGGAAGAAGCAAAGAGCGUAAAUUGGUGAACCGUGGAGAGCGAUCUCAAUUUAAAUGGAUCCACAGCGAAGAACGACUAAAUUGGAGCAUUAGUUUCUUAUGUGAGAUAAUUAUAUUUGAUGCACGAUGAAUUAAACGUGCGAGGUGAGAGCCUAGCGCCGCCUCUUGUGAAUUUUUUAUGUCGCGAUUAUCCUGAUCCGUGACAAGCGAAAGAUCCUGAUCAUCAUAUUCAAGUUAGACUGACGUCGACGCAAGACAGAACUCGUUUACAGCAACAAACUUGUUUAAGCGCAAGAAAUUGAUAAAAACAGUCCCCAGACUUUAUACAAGACUAUUUGCGGUAACAUUGUGCCCUUGAGGUAAAUCGGGCAUGUUAUAUUUGAGGACAGUGGACUCUACUCUUGAAGAGUAAUAAACAUUUCAGCCUUGUUAUAGACUAUGUCAUAUUAUGUUUAUUAGUCAAUACUUGAAGAAAGACUAUAAUGGACUUCAGAAUACAUGUAUUCAUUUCAGUAUUGAACUGAGACUAUUGCUGAAAGAUUUUUUUGUUCGAACGAUAUUCAUACGUAAUUUCUUACAUGUUUUUUCCUAAGAGCAGGAGUUAAAUAUUUGACCACUACAAAUGAGAAUCAUUUGUCAUGAUAACAUGUUAUUUGGUCAAUGCAUGAGCAUACAAAUAUGUAGUGUCUAGUUCAAGUUGAAACUUUAAAGAACCGAAUUGUGUUGAUAUUUGAUGCAUAGACCCAAAAGAGGAUAUUUGAUAUGAAGGGGAUAGUUGAACUAAAGUUUUGUAUACCGGAAGUAAAUUGACAAUUUACUCAAGAUUGCGAAUGAUGAGAAAGUUUAAUCACAGAAGCACCAUUUUCUGAAUUUGAAAAUCAUUUUUUGUGUGUAACCCUGUUGUACUUAGUGGUGGGCUACUGAAUUUUGCUUGAAAACUCAC